GUCACACCGUGAAGUGGGAGGGGCUUGGAGGGCAGCGGGAGGGCUGCCUGCCUGCCUGGUGUUAGCAGCAGCAGCAACGGUCGUUCAGAGCCGAGUCGAGCCGAGCCAAGCCGAGCCGAGCUGAGCUGAAGUGUGUCGCUGAUUGGGGCCCGACUUAGCGACUGAAACUUCACUGCCAAGAUGUCGGACGACGAGCAGGAGCAGACCAUAGCUGAAGACCUGGUGGUCACCAAGUACAAGAUGGGUGGUGACAUCGCCAACCAGGCCCUCCGUCUGGUCGUGGAAACAGCCAAGCCCGGGGUGUCCGUGCUGAGCCUCUGUGAGAAGGGUGAUGCCUACAUCAUGGCUGAGACCGGAAAGGUCUUCAAGAAGGAGAAGGAGAUGAAGAAAGGCAUUGCCUUUCCCACCAGCGUCUCAGUCAAUAACUGUGUUUGCCACUUCUCUCCCCUGAAGAGUGACCCCGACUACACACUUAAAGAUGGGGAUCUGGUCAAAAUCGAUCUAGGGGUUCAUGUCGACGGCUUCAUUGCCAAUGUCGCUCACAGCUUUGUGGUGGGAGCCAGCAAGGAGAACCCCAUCACAGGCCGGAAAGCUGAUGUAAUCAAAGCAGCCCAUCUGUGUGCAGAAGCAGCACUUCGCCUUGUUAAACCCGGUAACCAGAACACUCAAGUGACAGAAGCCUGGAACAAGAUUGCUCAGUCAUUCAAAUGCACCCCGAUCGAGGGUAUGCUGUCCCAUCAGCUGAAGCAGCAUGUCAUAGAUGGAGAGAAGACCGUCAUUCAGAACCCGACAGACCAGCAAAGGAAGGACCAUGAGAAAGCAGAGUUUGAGGUACAUGAAGUCUACGCCGUGGACGUCUUAAUUAGCACCGGAGAAGGGAAGGCCAGAGACGGAGGUCUGAGGACCACCAUUUACAAGAGGGACCCCAGUAAGCAGUACGGCUUGAAGAUGAAAACUUCCCGUACGUUUUUCAGUGAGGUGGAACGGCGCUUUGAUGCCAUGCCCUUUACUCUUCGGGCGUUCGAGGAUGAGGCCAAAGCCCGUCUCGGUGUGGUGGAGUGUGCCAAACAUGAAUUGCUACAACCCUUCAGUGUGCUACACGAGAAAGAGGGAGAGUGUGUAGCGCAGUUCAAGUUCACGGUGCUGCUGAUGGCCAACGGGCCUCACAGAAUCACCAACGGACCUUUCGACCCGGAGCUCUACAAGUCAGAGCACGAAGUUCAGGAUCCAGAGCUAAAGACUUUACUACAGAGCUCUGCAAGCCGUAAAACACAGAAGAAAAAGAAAAAGAAGGCCUCUAAGACAGCAGAAAAUGCCACCGGACAGCCAACCGAGGACACAGAAGCUGCAGAAUAAAUAGAUACUGCCUUUCCACACAUGCAAGACCCCAAAGAGAAGCAAGAGAAAACAUGAGAAAUUGCCCCAUUAAACACUGAAUAGAGUUGAUUUCACCAAUUUAAAACGGAAGAAUUCAGAAGAACUUUGGAAUUAAAUGAAUAUUUAAAAGGUCCGACGUGGACGCUUAACCCUUUACUGCAUUAACUGAAAGUACCAUGGAAAGAGUAGGAAAUAAAUAAUAAAGAAUAUUUGCAAAUAUUUUUUACAUGUUUUGAAAAGAAUUGUUGCCAAAUGUUAACUGUGUGACUGGUGCUUGUUUUUUUAUAAUCGAUCCUGAUAAAUCUGCAGCUGAACAUUUCCUUUAAGAAAAACUGGAGCUUGCUUGGUGGGCAUUAAUGGGAGUGGAUCAGUGUGUAUUUCUGAGCUGCAGGUGAAGAAUUACUGUGUGAUACCAUCAGAAACCUGGAUCAUAUCAGCCUCUUAAAUAAGGCAUAAUGUGGAUUGAUUUUCCUGUUGCUUGAAUGGGAUGGUACGACUUGAAUUCUCACGUUUCCCUUUGGCAACAAGAUUACAACGAAGCUGUUCAUAUGUAAACUGGAUUUUAUAGUAAAACAUCCAGAUACUGGAAGGUUAACGAGCACUUUGUCUCAAGUGUGAAGUGUUAAAGGAUGACGAGGACUUAAUGAUCCAGUGCAUCAUGAAACAACUUUUUUUUUUCUCAACACCACCAUGCAGUAAAGGGUUAAAUUAUAAAUUUCUCACUUAUGAAAUUGCUAAAUAAUGUAACACAGUCGACGGUAAUUACAGGGAUUGUAAUAUAAUAUGCGGUAUUUACUUCAGAGUUGAUGUACUGAAGGUUUAUGGUUACACUUAAUAUCAUCAAGGUCUGACCGUAUUUUUAACUACAGUUUUUUUUUUAAAGCAAUAACCAGAGCAGAAGACUGGAAUAUUUUUAAGUACACAAGCAAAAAAACAGUUGUAAUCGGCUUGGGUUUAAAGAACAAAACUGCCACAUUUACUGCCAUUCCCCUCAAAUUUUAUGAAAAGAUGAAAAACUAUGUUCCAGUUUUGAAAAACUUUUCUAUCAGUGACGCUGCUCUGACACCAUUAGUCUCGUGAAGCAUUGAAAAAGGUUUUGUGGGCAUCUUUAGUGGAUGUUGGACCUGUGAGAGAUCAUUUCAGGUUUAGAGUUUUCAUCUCGAGGUCUCGGACGGUGUUGAGAAAAGAAAAGAUCCCGCUUUGUAGCUCAUCAGUGGGCAAAGCAACUUUACAUCUAAAGAAAUAAAAACAUUUUCAUACA